AUGCCAGCCGUCAGCUUGCUGCCGCUUUUCGGCAGCCCCGCGAACCCGGGCCCUUUGGGGGGCUCCUUAGGCGGGGGGCCUUUGGGGGGCCCCGGGAGCCGGAAAGGGCCCGGCCCCAGCGGUGCGUUCCGACUGACAGAAAAGUUCGUGCUGUUGCUGGUCUUCAGCGCUUUCAUCACGCUUUGCUUCGGGGCCAUCUUCUUCCUGCCGGACUCCCCCAAAUUGCUUAGCGGCGUCUUCUUCCACUCGACCACCCUCCAACAGCCGCCGCCGCCGCUGCCCGCCCAGGGCGAUCCACACGCCCCGCCACCGGCGGGGGCCGGGAGUAGCAGCAGUUUCGGGGCCGGCUCGGCGGCGGCGGAGGAAGCGGCGGAGAACUUAGCGAAGAUCCGCGAGGAUCACGAGCGCGCUUUGCGAGAGGCGAAAGAGACUCUGCAAAAGCUGCCCGACGAGAUCCGCAGGGACAUCCACCAGGACAAGGUGAAGCUUCUCCUGCAGGACAAGUUGGGCCGGGGAGAGCCGGGGGCUCCCGGAUUGCCUGACCUGCCUUUCCGCAAACCUAUCGGGGCCGUCGGAACGGAACCCAACGAUCCCGCCAUCCAGCAGAAAAGAGAAAAGAUCAAAGAGAUGAUGAGCCAUGCCUGGAAUAAUUACAAACAUUAUGCCUGGGGAUUAAAUGAAUUGAAACCCAUAUCAAAACAAGGACACUCAAGCAAUUUAUUUGGUAAUAUUCAAGGAGCAACUAUCGUUGAUGCCUUAGAUACUCUGUAUAUCAUGGAAAUGAAAGAAGAAUUCAAAGAAGCCAAAGAGUGGGUAGAAAAAAACCUUAAUUUUAAUGUGAAUGCAGAAAUCUCAGUUUUUGAAGUAAACAUCCGUUUUGUUGGAGGAUUACUUUCAGCAUACUAUCUUUCUGGAGAAGAGAUAUUCCGAAAAAAAGCAGUAGAACUAGGAGAAAAGUUACUUCCAGCUUUUAAUACCCCCACAGGAAUUCCUUGGGCAUUAUUAAAUAUCAAAAGUGGCAUUGGUCGAAACUGGCCCUGGGCAUCAGGUGGAAGCAGUAUUUUGGCAGAAUUUGGAACACUCCAUUUGGAGUUCAUACAUUUAAGCUACUUAUCUGGAAAUCUGCUGUUUGCUGAAAAGGUUAUGAACAUUCGAAAAGUGUUAAAUAGAUUAGAUAAACCAGAAGGACUUUACCCUAAUUAUUUAAAUCCCAACAGUGGUCAAUGGGGCCAGCAUCAUGUCUCUGUUGGAGGACUUGGAGAUAGUUUUUAUGAAUAUUUGCUGAAAGCAUGGUUGAUGUCUGAUAAGACAGAUGAAGAAGCCAAGGAAAUGUAUUAUAAUGCUGUUCAGUCCAUAGAAACCCAUCUAAUCAGGAAAUCCAGCAAUGGGUUAAUGUACAUUGCUGAGUGGAAAGGUGGCCUCCUUGAACACAAAAUGGGUCAUCUCACUUGUUUUGCUGGAGGGAUGUUUGUUCUGGGUGCAGAUGGAGCACCAGCUGAUCAAACUGGACAUCACACUGAACUUGGAGCUGAAAUUGCCCGCACAUGUCAUGAAUCUUAUGAUCGUACAGGCAUGAAAUUGGGGCCAGAAGCUUUCCGAUUUGAUGGUGGAGUUGAGGCAAUUGCUACCAGACAGAAUGAAAAAUAUUACAUCUUACGUCCUGAAGUUAUAGAAACUUAUAUGUAUAUGUGGCGAUUCACUCAUGACCCCAAGUACCGGCAGUGGGGUUGGGAAGCUGUAGAGGCAUUGGAAAAAUAUUGCAGAGUAGAUGGUGGUUAUUCUGGCCUUAGGGAUGUUUACAGCAAUCGUAAAAGCCAUGAUGAUGUGCAACAGAGUUUCUUCCUUUCAGAAACGCUCAAGUAUUUAUAUUUAUUAUUCUCUGAAGAUGAUAUUCUUCCGUUUGAACAUUGGGUCUUUAAUACGGAGGCACACCCUCUCCCGAUUAUUAAAAGAGGAAAAGAGGAAAAAGAUAGCAAAUAAAGCUGUUUGAAUUUUAUUUGGCAUAUUAAUUUUAUUUGGCUGUUAAUUUUCUAGCUGGCAUUUUUUUAGUUUUAAACCAGGUUCUGUUUCAUGUUUUGUUUGAUUCUUGUUUUUUUGUUUGUUUGUUUUUGCAGUCUGCUAUCAACCUGGCAAUUUUUCUCAAGGGACCUAACAUUAUUAAUAUUUAUGUUUUCCCAGAAUGUAACAUGUCAUCUCUAGUUUUUGUUGACCAUCAGUAUAAUGAGUACUUGGUCAAAUAGAAUACAGAAUUCAUCGUAUUACUUACUUUUUACUUUAUGUUUAGACUGCAAAAUUGUUUUCUCCUCUGUGAGGAGAUGUCUGCUUUAAGCUGUAAUACUUUGCUGUGUUGCAAAAAGCCAUAAAGAAUUAAGUACGAAGAGCUUUUUUCUUUUUAAAUCUGCUCCAGUGGGAUUUGUCUGAUCAGUGGAGACAAAUCGAACUGUGACAGCCUCUUCUUAUGCGGGUCUAUCAUUAAUUGGUAAUCAGAAUACUUAGAAAGAUGUACUAUUUGUAUAAACCAGAUAUAGUUUUAUCUUAUCUGUAUAUACCAUUACAUUGAACUGUGGCUUGUGUUAGAAGCCUAGAUUAUGACAUCUUUUUCACAUAUUUACAUAUCAAGCCUAACCACAAAUAACUUUGAUGCCCAUCUAUUUCUUUGUCUCUGAAUUUGUUUCAUAAACAACUGUGAAAUUGGGUUGACAUUUGGACAUGGCUUCACAGAUACCCUUUGAGGCUGCACAGUUCUCAAAGCCUGUCUUGGUGAAAAUAGAGCUUCAGCAGUAUUUUCACCGAAAGGAAAAAUCUGUUUCCUGUAAAACUUCAGUUGUUAUGCAAGAUGAAUUAAUCUAAUGUGUGAUAUCCUUUUUGUGCUUUCAAAUUUGUCCUAUUUAGAGAUUGGUUAGUCCAAUUCUAUAAAGUCUGUUGUUGCUAUUUCCAACAUUCCAUUAGCUUUUUCUUCCACAUGACAGAUAUUGGGCACAAUGACGUGGAAAGAGGAGGAUAAUAUACCUCAGAGGUACCAUAUUUUAGAAGUUCACAUUAUGUGGCUCUAAUUCUCCCUUGAAAGAAUUGGCCACAGUACUUUAAUGCUUUACUGCAGGGGGCGGGGGAACCUAAACUGUUCCCUACUUUAUCAAAGUGAUAAUAUUGACUGGUUUUGUUUUUUUAGUUUUGUUAUGGAAUGGUUUUUUUCCUGUUUACAUGUUUCUGUAAAUAUUAUAGUUUUAAUAAGCAACAGUAAACAAUGUGAGUAGGGAUGAACUUUAUAUGAUAUGUCAUGUUUAGCAACCUUCAUGUAACGAAGCAAAAUUUUGUUGAAAAGAAAGCUGGGGAUUGAUGUACAACAGAAAGGAACCUGUUGUGUUAGCCUUUCUUCAUUGUGCAGCUUUUAAAACUGAAUUUUGUCUAUCCUCUAGUCCUAAAAGUUUCAUUGCAGUCCUAAAAAUUGUAUUUACUAUACAGUGAUACAUCCUCCUACCUGGACACUCAAAUCAGUUUACACCAUUACUGCAAGUAGGUUUAUGCUAUCAAAUUUAGCUAUCCAGGUUUUGAGCCAAGAUAAGAGGACUAAUUAUAAAAGUUGCAUAAAUUUACUCCCUGAUCCACAGACAAUCUGAUGAUACAUAAUGUCGUGAGUGUCUGCAGUGAAGUGAGACUUUUCAAAACUUGCUACACCUCAGUACAAAUAGUUUCUUCUGCACUAUGGCUUAGUCAUGCUACAGUGCUGCUGCAACAUCACAACUCUAUUUAUGAACCCUAUGGAUGAACAUAUUGUGCUGGGUUUUAGAUUUGGCCAUAAUGAUGAUCUGGUAGGCUGAAUAGGGAGAACCACAGCAAUGAUUCCCUUUCAUGCCCCUAUACUCCCAAUUUUAUCUGAAUCUUUUUCUGUGACUCUCUGUGCCAGUUUGCAUAUUACGUUUCAUACCCCUCUCCAAUUCUUAAAAACUAUUCUGAAAAUCAAACAUGGCAACUGAAAAAUCAGCAAGUAAAAUUAUUGGAGGAUAUUCAUGUAUAUUUGGAACAGGAUUGUUGCAGCUAGCAAAUCAUUAUUAUAUUAAGACAUUUUUCUACAAAUGAUGUCAUUUUUUGAUCAUAUAGAACGCUGCUCACAUGCAUAUAAUUUUGAGUAUCAAACUGAAAAAAAAUGCUUCUCAUUUAUUAGGUGCUUGAAAUUUUCUGUUUGGCUCUUUACAUCCUGAAGUAUCUUCACAUUAAGUUUUUCAAAUGCUGAUUUACAGAAAAGAAAAUACAAUUUCUAUCAUGGAGCAUUGAGGGAAAUUAAUUUCUACUUUAUUUCUAGAUUUAAUGCCAAUAGAUGUAACUUGGGUAAAACAUUACAAAUUAUAUCUCACAACCUGUUUUUACAUAGGGACAGUUGAUUUUCUUGCCAUAGUAAUGGAAUAAGUAGUAAAGUUUCUUUUGGGUUAUAGUAAGUAUUAUAAUGCAGAUAUAAUAUAAAAUUAAUUACCAAAUAACAUUAACCUCUUAUCAGCAAAGAAAGUUUCUGUAGCUGCUCAGCAUGUUAACUAGUAAGACAUAUAUGCAGUAUAUAAUUACAUAGAGUGAGAAUCAAACUAUAUACUGCUGUACAGGAUUUAUUAUUAAUAUUCAUCCUGUAACAAAUCACCUGGUAUUGGUUGACCAAAAUACUUUUAAAAUCAAUGCACUUUCUGAAAGUAAGUAUAAUAGGGCAGCAAUCAUUUGUGUAGCUAAUAAUGUGCAAUAUUAUCAAUUCAAAGCCAUCACAUGAUUUUUUAAAAAAAAAUUAUGUAGCAGUUUUAAUGUAAAAAAGUGCAGUUGAUUUCCGCUUCUUAAUCUUUAUUGUCCCAACUAAAGUGCCAUUUUUACUUUCUUUGGGAGCCACCAUUGAUGGUAAAAGUCUGUUAUAACCUCUAACCUUGGAAUCCUUUUCCAAAAACACACAGUAAGUUAUUCUCCCUCCUUAUGACGCUGUGCACUGCCAUGACUUGCCUUGCAUCAUCCAACAGCUGAUAGUUAAAUUUUUAACUAUCUUCAAAAAGGUCUUGAAAUUCCUGUUUAAGACCUUUUGAAGAAUGCAUUUUGUUAAAACUUUUUAAUUUCCUAAGAGUAAACUCAUAAAACUAAAAGUGGUUACCUGGUAUGACUAUCUCUGAUGCAGUACUUCAUGUUUCUUUGUGUUGUCAGUUGUUCUCUAAGGCACUACUGUUUGGUAGGACAAUCAGUAGUCCUUUAUUGUACCAGUCCACUGUUUAUCUUCCACAUACAGUAUAUCAUGAACAUGUCAUGAAUCAUUUCCUCAUUGUUAUGUUUACAUGAAGACAUUUGGAAUAGCAAAUAAUUUGUUCCUCUUUUUAAGACUUUGCUUAAAAUUGGUAUGGGUUGGGGGGGGGGUUGUUUCUUCUUUUGUUUUGGGUUUUUGUUUUUUGUUUUUUACUUUUGUUAAUAUAAGUGUUCCAAGACUGUGUAUCAUUGGACUCAAAUAUCCUUCACAGAAAUGCUGUGUUAGGCAUUCAGCAAUCCAGUUCCAGUACUAUACCAGCUUGUUCCCAAAAAUGUGCAGUUUUUAAAAAAAAUAAAUAAAUACAAGGGAAUUAUUUCACUUAUUCUUUCUAAUCAUUAUAUUUAGUUUUGUGAUUCUGAUAUUGACUCAUAUGUGGCAUUUCCCCUCCUCUCUUUUCGCUGCCAGUCCUCCAGUGUAUAUUGCAUCAAGGUGCCAUUUGGGGUAAAUUGGACUCUGACCUGUUCACAUGUAACUUUAAGCUAUAAUAGUCUAAUUUCGAGUUCCCAUUGUGAUUUAUUUAAUAAAUCAUAGGCCAGUGAUCCAUGGCUUAAUUUAAUGUCUGUGAAGUUAAUAUUUUCCUAUAGUCAUCUUUGUCUGCUUCUAUAAAUUGAAUGGAAAAAUGAACAAUUAAAAAAUUAUACCCUCCCCCUUCCCAUCCUUUAGAGGCAAUUAAUUGCGCAUAAUCUCCUCAAACGCAGUGACUCAAAUGUUUUUAUCAAUUUCAUAUUUCUUUCUAAAGGGAGUUGUAAUUUUCUCAUAGGGGUUAUUAUUUAAAAGAGCACAAUGUUUCUAUAGUUCUAUAACUUAGAGGUAAUCAGGUUGUAUGUACAAGCUGCACUAAUGUAUCUUUUUUGUAAAGUGAUGUAAGUAGACAAAAAGAUUGUAUAUCCCUUAGAAUUGCUAAGUAAAGAAACAUUGUUUUAUAUCUUCAAAAUGGCAAAGUCGAGUUUUACAGAAAACUGCCAAAGUAUAAAGUUUCAGAUUGAUUGCCAUUUUAAAAGUUAUUGCUGAAAUCCUGAAAUUAUUUACAAUGGUGUGAAUAGCUUCAAUUAUCUUUUUUAGAAUUUAGUCACACAAGCAACUUUGGGAUUCCCUUUUAUCCUUCCAGAAAUGACUGAAUUAAUGCUGAUCUCUAUGUAUAUAGUUUAACAAUAAAGUAACUCUAUUUUUUUUAAAUGUCUUUUCCAGAUUAGACAGCAUCUAAAUUUCCAUUGCUUUUUAGCAAAAAAGCUAAAUCAGCCACAUUGAUGUGCCCAAUGUGGCUGUUCAAGAACUUAAUUUACAAAACCCUGGAAAUUCUUAAUUUAAGUGCCAUUUGCGUUGUAUGACAGCUUUAUAAUCCCAAAUGACACUUCGUUGGUAAAGUGAACUGAUCAUGCAGUCAUUUUGUUAUAAUGUUUUUGUUUGUGCAUAUUCCGCUAGUCUUUUUCCACCUUUAUAGAAAUAUCUGGUUACAAGAGAACAAAAUGCUUAAUUUUUAAGAACUAUAUUUGUAAAAAAAAUCAAUUGUGAAUAAAGUCUUUUAAUAAA